AUGCAAUCUCAAACCUUCCUCUUCACUUCCAUUCUUUUGGUUGUCAUCGUUGCCUUCUGUUCUGCCGCCCCAAUGAUCGAAGCGCCAAGACUGGAAAAACCAACCAAUCUGGAAAUCCUUUUCGCCAAAAUCGUCAAGAAGCAGAACGACGCCAAGCAGCACCGACUCAUCAACUUCAUUAGCCGUGCUAUGCCAGGAGGUGUUGAUGCUCCAGUCGCAAUGAUGGCUGAGUACGAGACAUUCAAAUCUGACAAAUCAGCCAACUUCCUCAACGACGGAGCCGGACACGUCGUCUUCCGUCAAUACAGACGUGCUCGCCUUUCUGAUAUUCUCCACAACGUCAACCGCCGUGCCGGAGGUGUCUAA